CAACCCCCCAGUCACCAGCGAAACCCUUCUCCUUCUCAAUCGGCCCCAAAUACAACAGCAAGUGCGAGAGAAAAUGUACCGCAACGCAGCGCGCGCACUGAUCCGAAGCGCCGCCNGGCGGCGGUGCCAACGGAGGAGGCUGCGUUCGUGGAGGCGUGGAAGAAAGUGUCGCCCAACAUCGAUCCCCCAAAAACGCCUCUCUCUUUCAUGAAGCCUCGGCCGCCUACUCCCGCUUCCAUCCCUUCCAAGCUCACUGUCAACUUCGUUCUACCUUAUCGAUCCGAGAUCUCCAGCAAAGAGGUUGACAUGGUGAUCAUUCCAGCAACAACUGGACAAAUGGGUGUUCUCCCAGGACACGUUGCCACCAUUGCAGAGCUUAAGCCAGGGGUUCUCUCAGUCCAUGAAGGCUCCGAGACGACCAAGUACUUCGUCAGCAGCGGUUUUGCCUUCAUCCAUGCAAACUCUUUUGCUGAUAUAGUGGCUGUGGAGGCUGUUCCUGUGGACCGUAUUGAUCCAAGCCUGGUCCAAAAGGGACUUGCCGACUUCACCCAGAAGCUUAGCUCGGCCUCAACUGACCUCGAAAAGGCUGAGGCGCAAAUUGGGGUUGAUGUUCACAGUGCACUUAACGCUGCUUUAACUGGAUGAACAUAAUCUGGGGUCUGGUGGCUUGUUGAAUGUAGAUGUAAUAAGCUGAGCUAUCAAAAUCAAAAUUAUCUCUGAUUGUUGUUGGCAUUAUCUGUUGCGUGUUUUGGAUCCUAUAUUAGAGGAUUAUUUCUGUAACUAAGCAGCUCCAGAGUAGUGAUGGAGCGUACAACAGUCGAAAUGUCUCUGACUAUGUUCUUGACUGUGAGGUUGGGCAUCACAUACAACAAAGUUUAGUUUGUUUCUGUUUUUCUGUCGAGUCAUAAUAUUGAUCAAGUAGACAUUUGUGUUGCUUGAUGCAGUAUAAUUUGAGCCUGAAUGUUUAUUUCUUGCUUUUUCAGUGUUUA